AAAAAAAAAAGGCGAAUGAAGGAGUUCCACUGAAGCUUAGGCAUGACAUGUUAAUUCUGUUCUUUUAGUAUUAAAAAUUCAUAGCUGGGCUUCCCUGGUGGCACAGUGGUUGAGAAUCUGCCUGCUAAUGCAGGGGACACGGGUUUGAGCCCUGGUCUGGGAGGAUCCCACAUGCCACGGAGCAACUAGGCCCGUGAGCCACAACUACUGAGCCUGCGCCUCUGGAGCUUGUGCUCCGCAACAAGAGAGGCUGCGAUAGUGACAAGCCCGUGCACCGCGAUGAAGAGUGGCCCCCGCUUGCCACAACUAGAGAAAGCCCUCGCACAGAAACGAAGACCCAACACAGCAAAAAUAAAUAAAUUAAUAAACUCCUACCCCCAACAUCUUCUUUAAAAAAAAAAUUCAUAGCUUAUUUGGAAUUUGUGGAAGCAUGGUGGAAUAGAUAUUCUGUAAAGCCUUUUAAAGCAGUAAAAAAUACCUAGAGACAGGGUAAAAGAACUUAGCAUACUUUUAAAUGCAUUGCUGAGCUUUGAAGAAAGUAAAGGAAAUUCUCAAAGGCAAACUGAACAGAGAAAACCUAGAAACUAAAAUUAGAGUGUUUAAAGGGAGCAAAAAAGCUGAGGCUGGAGGCAUGUACCUCCAGGAAUCUAGAGCUUUGGGGAUUAAUAGCUCUGUGAGAGGACCUGCUAAAGUGUAGGCUACUGAACUGAGAUACCUGCAUAAAACCUAAAUCUCCAAAAGGAUUACACCUUCAGAGAAAGAAAGAAUGGCCUAGAAAAUCAUCUGCUUUGAGUCAAGACCCUUCAAAAGAGUUUCAUCUCGCAUCCUAGCUGGAGUAUGAUGUGUUAUGGGGAGCUUUUUCUGGCAGUUUGAAAGCAGAGGCCUGCCAACAGAUACAGAUGCCCCCAGGAUGUUAGAUACUUCAGUUAUCAGAUACAGAAUAUAAAAAAACUAUAUAGGUCCAGUCUAGCCUCCUCUGGGAGCGGGCAGUUGGCGAGCCCACGCUAACCUGCGCAACUCUGUCCUGAUCCCCGAGUUCUCACACGGUGCCCAGACAGAUCAGAUCGAAGCCAUGGCCAUUCUUUUCGCUGUUGCCAGGGGAACCACUAUCCUUGCCGGACAUGCUUGGUGUGGAGGCAACUUCCUGGAGGUGACAGAGCAGAUUCUGGCUAAGAUACCUUCUGAAAAUAACAAGCUAACGUACUUACAUGGCAAUUAUUUGUUUCAUUACAUCUGCCAAGACAGGAUUGUAUAUCUUUGUAUCACUGAUGAUGAUUUCGAGCGUUCCCGAGCCUUUAAUUUUCUAAAUGAGAUAAAGAGGUUCCAGACCACGUACGGUUCAAGAGCACAAACAGUGCUUCCGUAUGCCAUGAAUAGUGAGUUCUCAAGUGUCUUGGCUGCACAGCCGAAGCAUCACUCCGAGAAUAAGGGCCUAGAUAAAGUGAUGGAGACUCAAGCCCAAGUGGAUGAACUUAAAGGAAUCAUGGUCAGAAACAUAGAUCUGGUGGCUCAGCAAGGCAAAAGAUUGGAAUUAUUGAUAGAUAAAACAGAAAAUCUCGUGGAUUCGUCUGUCACCUUCGAAACAACCAGUGGAAAUCUUGCCCAAGCCAUGUGUGUGAAGAAUCUCAAGCUCACCAUCUUCAUCAUCAUCUUAUCAGUCAUAUUCAUCUAUAUUAUUGUGUCACCUCUCUGUGGUGGAUUUACAUGGCCAAGCUGUGUGAAGAAAUAAAGUUAUCAUUAACCAAGGAUACGAGAGAACAGGGAGUUAAAAGCAAUCCAUUUGAUUCAGGCCUUUUAAUACUGACAGAUGGUGUCUGCCAGUCUUUUCAACCCUCUUCUUUCUCUCU